UUCUGAGAGGAGCCUGUUAGCAUGUUAGCAUGCAAUACGUCACGUCGCUAGCAAACGUUUCUUAGCGUGCUAAACAAGCGGAAUAUGAAAGAUUUAGACCUGCUGCGUAUUAAUUGUGAAGUAAAAAUGAUAAGUUAUCAGUGUUAGUGCAUACUUAGCCGUCGAAAAAAGAGAGAAAAGUGUAUGAAGUAACUAUAAGGGCUGCCGGGUGAAGUUAGCAUUAGCAAUGGGGCGCAAAAAACAGUUUCAGAGCGAGCGACAAACCAGCAGAGGCAAAGACAAGCGGCACAAAAUGAAAGGGAAGUCUUUGGAAACUUUUACAGAGGAAAUGCAGGAGGUUUUGGAAGCGAGUAAAAGCGAAGAGGUGGUGGAGUGUGUGAAGUUGCCGUGCCCCCUGGCCAUGUGGGAACUGGGUCACUGCGACCCGAAGCGCUGCACCGGACGCAAACUGGCACGGAAAGGCCUGGUGCGCUGCCUCCGACUCAACCAGCGUUUUAACGGCCUCAUCCUCAGCCCCAUGGGCACCAAAUACGUUACACCCGCUGACAGGAAGAUCGUGGCUGAGGCAGGAGUUGCUGUGAUCGACUGCUCGUGGGCGAGGCUCGAGGACACGCCCUUCAGUAAGAUGAUUGGCUCGCACCCGAGGCUGCUGCCUUACUUGGUGGCGGCGAAUCCUGUGAACUACGGCAAGCCGUGCAAGCUGAGCUGCGUCGAGGCUUACGCAGCCACCUUCUGCAUCGUAGGUUUUCGAGACCUGGCUGUGCUCCUGUUGAGGAAGUUUAAGUGGGGUUUGGGGUUUCUCGAGCUGAAUAAAACACUUCUCGAGCGCUACGCUGCCUGCACAUCAGAAGAGGAGCUGCUCAUGGUGGAGAAGGAAUACCUCACCGCCUCCCCCUCUGAGGAGGAAGACUUGGAUCCUUUCGAUGUGGAAUCGGGGAGAGAGUGUAUGAACCUCAACAGGCCAGCCCGAGUGGAAGAAGACGACACUGAAAGUGGCGAGGAAGAGACGUCGGAGGAGGAGGAGGAGGAGGAAGAAGAGGAGGAGGAGGCUGAAGAUGAACAUGCGAGAAAUGAGAAGAAGAAUGGUGAAGAGGAGUCGUGAAGAAACGCAAACACGUAUUUGGGUGUGUCCCAGAGUGCUCGGGCUCAAGCAAAGCAGGUUUUAGAUUCAUUUUAUGAAGGUAGGGUGCUCAGGGAAAAGGGGGAAAAAAACCCUGAUAUGCUGAGAGAGAUCCUGCGUCACACAGGAUGUUCUGUAGAUCAUGAUGAUGUUGCUGUCCAGACAGAGAUGCGUAAAUUAACACGGACACAGAGUUGCUCGACAAAUACAACCGAGCUACAGCAGUGCAUCCAGGAAGUUGGAUGGACCGGAAAUUCUUGUUUUUUCUCCAGAAUAUCUCUCUCUGCCACAACAAGGUGCUUGUCAUGACUGAAAUUCCAACAUGACUUGAACGUGUAAUGACAAAUUGGCACCUUUCAGGACGCAGAACUGAACCUGGUGACAGGUUUUCUGUAUUUGGACACUUCCCGCUCGUCACCAUGCUGUGUUUAGGAAUGAAGAAUUGUUAGAGACGGGUGCGUUAAAACACACACACAAAAAAAAAGCUCUUAUUGGUGUUGCUCUUUAUACUUAGUCAUGUACUGUAAUGUAAUUAUAUUUCCUUCUUAAUUAAAAAAACUUGUUUGUGAGCAA